UUGUUGCCCCUACUAGGAAGUGAGCGCUGUACCGUUUGUGAAUAGCGGCUGUGGUGGAAACAGGCGGCAAACAUGUCUUUUCGCCCCGUUACUCGUAGUCAGGCUCGGCAGACUACCGGUGAUGCUACACAAAUAACCUCUUUUAAUACCAAUACCAGUGCCAGUCCAAGAUCAGUUGGUGGAAAGCCCUCCUCUACUAAUGUUCCCAAAAACAAGGGACAGAACAGAGGUAAAGUUGAGUGGAAGCCUUCCUAUAUUAAUGUUUCCAAAAAUAAGGGAAAGAACCGUGGUACAGACAUUCCUUUGGUACGGCCGGCAAUCCAUGAAUUCCAAGAAGAUGACUCUGAUAAUCAGGAAGAUAAUAGUCAUAGCAGUUCUGAAGGCAGCGGCAGUUCGUCGGAGCAUGAAUAUCCAUUGAGUGUCGAAGAACAAGUGAACAGGAAUGAGAAACUAAGGAAAGAACGAGAAACUAAGGAAGAUAGGUAUGAAAAGAGAAGAACUGAUGCUUACUUCAGGCUGAAUAAACAGCCAAUAUCGACUUCUCCUCGGCAUGAGUACCCACAAAAAAAUGAUGAAGGAAAAGAGGCUUAUGAAGAAUUCCAAUCUUUUAACCAGUCAUUUGUUUCUCAGACACGUUCCCCAAAUGACUCUAAAGCUACUGGAAAUUACUCACAGGGAAAGCUUACAUUUUCGGAUGAUGAAGAGUCAGAGCAACAAAUGAAAAAGUUUCAUUCUAGGGCCACGAAAUCGAGUUCAUAUGCAGCUACCAAGACUUCUCCACCCAUCAUUCCUUUUACUGUAACCAAAGACAGUGGAUCACCACAGGGUACCUGUCUAAAGUUUGCAAUACUGAUGUUUCUAAGUGUAAUUGUUGCCUUUUGUGUAACUUUUGUUCUGCAACUGAAAUACAAUCAUAGAGUUAAUGAGAAAAUGAUCACUGUGAAAGCUUUUCAAGAAUGGAUUGGAGAGCUGAGGUCUCUUUAUCCUGGCCAGUCUGAGAAUCUAUGGAGAAGAAGCCAGCGUAUGUUUGAGAAACAUCUCAAUAAAUCACAUCCAGACGAACCUGCCAUCAUUUUAUUAACAGCAGCUCAAGAUGCAGAGAAAACCCUUUUUUGUGUCGGCAAACAAUUUGCAAAGGCGUAUUCAAACUCGCGAAAAGGCAACUAUACUAUGAUCAACGGGGUGCUUACGAAGUUCAGUAAUAGCGAGGAAGCUAAACUGUCAAUAGACCAUACUUUAAGCGAGGGCUUCGGGAACACUUCCAAGGCAGCAUUGCUACACCAAAUAGAAACAUUGCCACCAGAUUCACUUCUUAUUCUCUAUAAAUAUUGUGAUCACGAAAAUUCUGCUUUCAAAGAUGUUGCACUGGUGCUAACAGUGUUACUGCCAGAUUUCACAUUGGAUCCAGAAAUAAAACUUAACGCACUGGAGGAGAAAGUCAGAGAUUUCUUAAAAGAUACUUUUAUUGGCACAGAAACUGUUAAGUCCCAUGAUCAAAUGGACAUAGAUAAAUUAAGUGGAAUAUGGAGCCGCAUUGCUCAUGCUGUUUUACCUGUGUUCCCAGAAAGUGAAAACCUGGGAGAUUGUGGGGAAACAGAAAACAAAGAAUAAAGAUAAUUUGGCAGUAUUUCAGGAAACCAGUUUGGGAACUUCAAAAACUGCUUCCAGCCUGAUGUCCUACAUGACCGAACGAUCAUUUAAAUUGUUGCUGAGCUUUUUACAUAGCUGACUUGCAAGGUUUGCAGGUGUAAAUAAUCACAAAAACAAGUGACUCUAUAUUUAUGUUUGUGAACAAAGUAAAAAUAAAAGCAAAGUCAAAGGAUAAUAAUAAAUAGAUAAAAUGUUUCACUUGUUACAAAUUAUGAAGAUUGCUUGUCUUCCUGGAUGUCAGAUUGGUUAAAAGAACACUGUUGCUUAAUUCUAAACAUUUGGCCUACAAAAUAGCAUACUUUUAAUGUUUUGUUUACAUUAUUUGACAGUGGCUGUUGUCAUUUAUUUUACUGAUGUGCUAUAGGUAACAUGCAUAUAGACUUGGUUCUCUAUGAGCAGAUCAUCGAGCUCUUGUGUCACCAUCUAUUGUUAUCUUGUUGCAUGUACUCAUUGAUGGCAAUACAAGUUUAAUUUUUCACAAUUAAGUCUGGAUUAGUUUAACAGUGUUAAACAUUGUGCAUACAAUGAGUAACGGGAAUAGUCAUAUAUGCCGAGUAUACAGAAUAUGAUAAAACUUUGGCUAGUUUUUCUUUCAUUGAAAACAGACUGCUUUGAGGAUUUUUGUCUAGGUAUUCACCUACAAAAAUGACUUGGUCCGAAGCAUGAUGUUUUAGUAUCAGGCUCAUAUUUAACUGUUUCUGGUAGCAUGCUGUGUUCUCCAGGUCAGUCGAGAUCAAUAUAAAUUUAGAAAAAAAACUAGCACAGCUGUUUGGCUGAAUUUUUGAUCUUAUUAUCUAUUACAAUAAAAAAAAAAAUGUCCAGUUAUAUUUACAAUAGAAAAGCGGAUUGCCAAGCUAAUGCCAUUAUCAAAAUUGUUAAAACACUGCUCAACAUAAAGAAAUGAUCCGAAUGAUAUAGCGAUGAGUCUCCACUGUCUUUCCAUUACCACCCACUAUUUUUUUUAAAAAAUUUACAUUUCAAAAACAAAAUAAAUAAAACAUUUUUUAAGUGACUUCAAAUAUGGAGAUAUAUAUUGAUCUAUAUCCUCUGACACUUCAGCCGCGGUAGACAAUCUCCCGGAUAACCCAACUAUCUACUAAAGUCUUGCUGGGCUUAAUUGGAGUUAAAUCCCCUGAAGGCUCAAAGCCAAUGGUUGCCUGCCAAUAAGAUAAACCAUGUAUGCAAUGAACUCACAUUAAAAAAAAUCUACUGUAUUACUGCAACUAAUAUGCCUACCUUAAAAGGUUACUCUAAUCAAAAACAGUGAUUUAAAAAACACUGUUUUUAGUCAGAAUAACCAUUCCUAUCCUUCCCACCCCCACCCCCCCCAAAAAAAAAAACCAACAAAUUGGCUAAAACUUACCUACCUUUUAGCGCCAAGCCCAAGUUCUCCCUUCCGUCUGAUCCUCCUAUGCUAAUAUAACUUUCAGAGAGGACAAGCUACAGGGAGGACAUAGGGGGGACAUACAUGUCGUUGGAUGUCUUUUGCCAGCAUGGUGAUGACAGACACCAAACAUGCACAGGACUGACUGAAGCCAGCAGCAUAGGGGUUAAAUUCAAUAUCUGCAGCAUUUCAUAGAGACAACAUUGCACACACAGACUCCAGGCACCAUCACCACUUCAAAUCACUGGAGUGGUCAUCGUUCUUGGAGUAACCCUUUAAAAUACCCAUAGGUUCCCAAACAAAACAUGUUGCCCGAAAAAGCUACAUCUUCUAUGGUGUGUGUUUGGUCUGAUGUUGGUUUUUCUUUUUUCUAGUCUUGUCAUUUAAGUCUGUAAAUUCCAUAGUUAUUUUUAGAGCCAACAAUAUAUUAUAGUAUCAUAGAAAUGCUGGAAAAUAGUUCAUACAUCUUCCUUCUGAGCUUAUUUUAACUUCGGCUUCAUUUUGAGGUUCAACAUGGUUAAGAAGCAUAUAGAAAGAUUAAUAUUUACCCUUUGCAGAUGUGAUCAUCAUAUUACUGAAAUAACAUUCUGAAAUUGUAAAUAAGUGAUGUUAAUCGUGUCGGGUCUCUAUUCAAAUGUUCUCCAGCACAUGGAAUGUGCAAGUGAUCAGUUCUGAACUUGCUAUAAAGAAUGUAUAUAUUCUGUACAGGUAUACUCCUUUGUUAUAUUGCUUGGUUUUUUUUUUGUUUUUUUUUUAUAGCUGUUUAAUCCCGCUGUCUAAAGAGAACAUGGUGGAAAUCUUAUAUGAUAAGUUGAUGUACUUAUUUAUCGUAAGUCCUGAUAAAGGUACUGGGAGCUCCACCAAAACGCUCAUUAACAAAAGCUUUCGUUUAAGCCCUACUAAUAGAAAGUAUAGUGAUUGAAAAAAAUCCACAUUGUGAUUUACUCUGCAUUUUAGCAUAGGCAUUACUGCAGAAUAUUUGCAAUACACUGAAUAUUACAUUACACAUACAGUCUUCCUCUAUGCUGCAAGUACAAAGGCAGUGGCCCUGACUCCUCAAUCCCUGGCUUUGGACUCAGAGAUAGUUCCCCAUGCUGAUUCAAUGAGUCCCUAAGAGGCACAUCCUGUUCAUCUUGCCCCCAAGCUUACAAUGACUUGGUAACUCCUUUUAGACACAUGAAACAAUCUAAUGAAAGUGUUUUGCAUAACUUAUUAUAAAUUAGAUUACAAAUGCAGAAUGAGUCACUGGGCUAAUUUUACAAAGAAAGAUUAGGUUGAUAAACUAUUCUCGAGUUUGUAAUUUUGGUUCAUUUAAAAAAAAUGUUGAGCUACUGAGCCAAUCAAAUUAUCAUAGUAUAGUAUAUUGGGCUUAAAAUCAAGUAUCAUUUCUGUUUUCCUACACAUUAAUGUAAAAAAAAGUAUGAAUUUAUUUUACUUC